AAAGCAGUUGAGCUUUCUGGGGAAAGAGCCUCAGGAGGCAUACUGCCAACCUAUCAACAUUAGGGAGCCGCCUCUCUGAACAUGAGAAGGACUACAUUUCAUACCCUGUUGCCAGAAGUUUGUACAGAUAGUAUAUUUCAUCUUCUAGAAUAGCCUACAGCCUCCUGUCUUUUCUUUGGGAUCUCUCCAGAGACUAAGAUUGACAGCUUGCUCUUUAGGGUAAGGCCAAGAUGUACCACUUACAAGGCCCCCAAGUGCUGCAGAUGCUAAAGAAAUCCUUGAGGAAGAGCCUCCCUGAGUCCUUAAAGGUUUAUACAACUGUCUUCCACAUGAACCAGGGAAACCCGUUCAAGUUAAAGGCCGUGGUGGACAAAUGGCCUGAUUUUACAACAGUGGUUAUCCGCCCUCAGGAGCAGGAAAUGACAGAUGAUUUUGAUCACUACACCAACACCUACCAAAUCUAUUAUAAGAAUCCCACAAACUGCCACGAAUUCCUUGGUGCAUCAGAUGUCAUCAACUGGAAGCAACAUUUUCAGAUCCAAAGUUCACAGUCCAGCCUGAACGAGGUGAUACACAAUAUUGCAGCUGCUAAAUUGGUCAAGGUCAAGCAAGAUCAAGCCAUUAUGUAUAUGAUGUCUGAGACAGCAAGUAAACUGAUCCCUUCCCUGCUGGAGACAAAGAACUUACCUCCUAAAUCUGGCAGACCCAAGGCCAUUAACCAAGAGAUGUUUAAACUCUCCUCCCUGGAUGUUACCCACACUGCCUUGGUGGAUAAAUUCUGGCGUUUUGGUGGGAAUGAGAGGAGCCAGAGAUUCAUCGAGCGCUGUAUCCGCACCUUCCCCACCUUCUGCCUUCUGGGGCCUGAGGGGACCCCUGUAUCCUGGAGCCUGAUGGAUCAGACAGGAGAGAUACGGAUGGGGGGUACUGUGCCUGAGUACCGGGCCCAGGGUCUCUGCACCUAUGUCAUGGAUGCUCACAUCCGCACUAUGGACAAACUUGGCUACCCUACAUAUUACCAUACACUCAUAACCAACAAAAUCAUACAGAAAAUGAGUCACCGUCUGCACCAUAUCAUCAUGCCCUGUGACUGGAACCAGUGGCACUGUGAGCCUCUGUGAUGCAGUCCUGAACACAAGACAGUGUUGGAUGGGCUGAUGUGGCAGGAGGAGUGUAUGGGUGGAUAGAGAGAAAUAAUAAAUUGUAAUUAGCUUUAAA